AUGGCAACACCGGCGGUAUCGGCGGCGGCUAUGGAGCGGGGGUCGCCCCGGCUGUGGACCCUCCUGCGAGAAGCCCAGGAGGAGAUGGAGCGGGGCACCGACGUACUCGGGGAUGAGCUCAACAUUCUGUGGCGAAACGUACGGAAAGGGGCCGCCGACGGUCGAGGCGACCGCGGCGAUGGCGGCGGCGGCAGGUACGGGACGGAGACGGCCGGGGCGGUUGCCACCAGCUCGGCGGCGACGGCUGCUGCCGCCGAUGGCAAUAAUGGUGGCAGCAGCAGCCCCCCGCAGUUGCCCCGGAGACAGGCGGACGCGUUGCUUCAGGGGCUGGAGAAGCUGCAGGCGGAGAUGGAGGCGGAGGCCGCGUCUUUCCAGCGCCAGAGGAACGGGUUGAUGCGGAAGAUCCAGCAGUCUCUUGCGGUCGGUGAGCGGCGCCAGCACAAGCACAACAGCGAGGGAGCAGCGAGGGAAGGGAAGGGAGGAACGCUCGAAUGGAGAAGGAAGAAGUGUGAUCAGAUCGUCGAGAGGCUAGAGGAGGAGGCGGAGAGCAUGAGGGCUGCGGUAAUUGCCAGCCACGCCCGGCUUCUUGGGCGCGUGCGAGAGGUGCCAGCAGCACGGGCAAGGAGGAGAGCCGAACAAACCACCGCCGCCGCCACCGCACUCGCGGCCACCGCCUCGGCGUCAGCGGCAACCACAGCGAGCUGCGGAUACAACACCCGCACGACCACGAGCAACGCAGCCAAGGCGUCGGCGACGGCGGGCGGCGCGGUGGCGGGAAUCGGAAGGGAAUGUUCGGCAACGAAGGCGGGGGGGGUGCGGGGGGGGGACCACAGAGGCGACGGCGGCGGCAACCCAAGCCGCGGUAGCUUGGACGACCUCGUGGACUCGGCACAGGCGGUGCUGGCGGCCAGGGAAGAGCUCGCAGAGCUCAGGGUUGCCGUGGAGGCAACGCGGGACGAGCUGUCGAGAGAGCGCGAGAAGUCCCGGGCCGCUCGGCGCCAGACCUCCCGCCUCGAGUCCUUCCGGUCUUCUGCGGCGGCGGCGGCAACCCGGGCGAACCGCGACGCCGACAAGGCAAGAGCGGAGACCGAACGCCUUGCGCUCGAGGCCGCCGCCGCAAGGGAGCGAGCGGUGACGGCGGCGGAGCAGGAGGCCCGCCAGCUCUCCAGCCGCCGCUGCGCGGAGGAGGAGGCCGAGGGCGCCGCGGCGGCGGCGGAGUCGGAGCUACGGGGCCGCCUGGGGUCUCUCCGCGGCGAGGCCGAGGAGCUCGAGACGCGGCUGCGGGAAGCGUCGAGGGAGCUGGAGCGGCGGGAGGCGAGGGCGGAGGCGGCGGCGGCGGCGGCGGACCGGGAGGAGGAGCGGCUCGCCGACUGCCGCGACAGCUUCGGGCUGGAGAUCGAGGGCCUGCAGAAGGGGGUCGGUGAGCUGGAGGCCGAGGCGGUGGGGUGGAGGGGCGCGCUGGAGGCUGCCAGGUCGAGGCUGGAAGCGGAGGAGGAGCGGGGGCGGACGGAGCGGCUCAGGUUGCAGGCGGAAGUGAAGCGGCUCGGGGGCGAGCUGGACGGGAAAAGGAAGGAGGCCGGGGUGCUGGAUACCCGCGUGGAGGCCUUGCGCGAGCGCCACCGGUCCGAGAGCGAGAGGUGCGCGCGGGAGACGAGGCGGGUGACCGCGGAGCUGGAAGGCCUACGGUCGGAGGAGGCGGAGGUGAGGUCGAAGCUGCGGGACGGCCGGGCCGAGCUGCUGGCCGUCGCCGCCGCUGCGGAGGACAGGGCCGCGGCGGUCGACGCCGCCGAAACCGCCGCCGCUUCCCUGGAGCGCCGCGCCGCCGAGCUCAGGGCGCAGGUCGAGGGGCUGGAAUUCGCGCGGGACCGGGUGGCGGAAGAGACCGAGGCGGCGCGGCGUCGGCAGGCGGAGGAGCUAUCCCGCUGGAAGGAGGCCAUGGCGGAACGGCAGCAGGAGUUCGAGAGGUUCUCGCGGAUGGUCAGGAGCAAGGCUUCGUCGCUGGGCGAUCUGGAGAAAGAGGCAGAAGGCCGGGCCGCUCGCAGCCGGCAGGCGCAGUGCGACCAGGAGGCUGCCGAAGCCCGCGCCGCCGCCGCCCUGGACGCGGCGCGGAAUGCCGCCAGCCUCGCGGAGAGGGGAAGGGACAAGGCGGAGCAGGAGGAGGCUCGCGCGGAAGCGGCGGAGUCUAGGACGGCCCACGCCGAGGAGGAACUGCGCCGGGUGACGGCGGAGAUUGGCUCGGAGAGAGCGUGUUUGGACAAGGUGAGGACCGACCUCGAGGCGGUCCAGGCGGCGGCCGCCGAGUUAGAGGCGGAGAACUCGCGGGCGCGCCAGCAGCUCGCCAAUGCCACGGAGAGGCGCCGGGAGGAGGAAGGCGCGGUCGAGGUGGCUCGGCAGCGCGCCGCGGCGCUGGCGCGGGAGAAGGCGGAGCUGAGCUCGACGGCGGUGGCGGCGCAACGUCAGGCGAGUCCCACAAGUAUUUCGUCUGUUGGGGGUACCCCAAUGGACACCUCAUGCGUGUUGCCCCUCUUGCCCUCCGCCUUCGCAGCGGUCACCGCCGCUCGGGGCGUCGUCGGCUCCGCCGGCUUGGCCACCCCGGGCGGCAAUGGUGGAAUUGACUGGCUAGAUCUUCGGUACACACCAUGCUUCCACCCCAAGAGCGCCAGCGAGAGGGAAGCGGCCGCCGCCGCCCGUAGCGAGCUCGCCGAGCUGAGGGAGGCCGCGGACAGGGAGAGGAGGACCCUGGAGGGGUUCCGCGACGAGGCGGCGGAGCUCGAGGCCGGGGUCGCGCGGAGGAGGGAGCAGGAGAGGUUCGCGAGAGGGGCGGCGGAGGCGCAGCAGGCCCGGCUGGACGACCUGAAGCGCGAGGAUAGCAGGCGUGGGAAGUCGAGGAGUAUUCAGCGCCAGGUUGCCGCCCUACGCGACGAGCACCUGCGCGCCGAGAAGAGCGUCUGGUCCCUCGUGGGCGAGGUGAGCUCCCUGUCCGCCAGGCGGGACGACGCCGCGAGGCGAGACCGGCAGCGAGAGAGGGAGGAGGAGGCACUCUCGGCCAGGCGGGAGGCGGUCGCGGCCGCGGCGGAGCGCGAGGAGGAGAGGCUCCGCGUGGCGACGGUCGCCAGGGAACGGCUGGAGGCGGAGAUGGACGAGCUCGACGCUCGCGCCAGCGACCUGCGAGCGGAGGUCGCCAGAGCCACGCAGGACGGAGCGGCGCUGCGAGAGGACGCCACUGCCGCCGCUGCUCGCGCGAGCGAGGCCAGGCGCAGCCUCGCCUCCGCCGAGCACGAGACCGCUCGCCUCGCCUCCCAGGCGGAGACGCUCCGCGCUACGAAGGGCGCCCUGGACUCCGAGUUGGCCGGCCUGAGGCACGAGCUCGACACGCUGAGGAGGAGGAGGGGAGACGGCGACGGCGGCGGGGGAAAACUAGGGUGGAAUGAAAAGAGCGGCGAGGGCGUUCAUUUGCUGCAGCCGGCGGAGACAUCGUCCACGAGGGGCGCCGCCGCCGUGUUGUCCCGGGAGGGAUGCAUGCGCGGGGCGGGGGGGCGUGGUAGCCACGGCGCGAGAGAGACACCGCCGCCGACGACGACGGGACGGCCGGCACGAAGCACGGUGAUGCGUGCAAGCGAGGACGGAGCAGGUGGUGGUGGUGGUGGCCGUACCGACGGCGGAAAUCUGGUGGAGAUCGUCGCCGAGUUCCAGGGCCGCCUGAGGCGGCAGGUCCAAGCGGCGCUCGCGGACGGCGGCGGUGGCGUCGGCACUUGUUCUGCUGAUGGCUGUGACGACGACGGCAGAAUAACAAGAGGAUCGGCCUCCGCUGCCGUGGCGCGGUCCUCUUGCUUGUCGCAAGUGACGACGGUCGAUCUCGUGGAUGAUGGUGAUGCUCCUCCUCGCGCUCGAUUGCGGCGACAAAUCCCGGCGAACAGCCGGGGGGCAAGUUUCAUCACCCAUCGGCGGCUGAAAGGCGGGCAGUUUUCUAGCCGCCCGGCCGGGGGCAGGGGCGGCGGCGACGUUCUCGGCGAGCUUGAGAAGCGCAUCGGUAGGGUUUGA